AUGGCACGCUUCAAAGCCAAUUCCAACCAGUUCCAGCAUGAUGAGGGGCUUCACUUCAAUAUGAUGCCCACGAACCACUCGCAUCGAAACUACGCUCAUAUAUCCGUUCAAUCAGACACGAAGAGCGCUGCAUAUGAAGAUACUGCCUUCAUACCCAGAAACUUACCGCUUCGCACUACGCUGAAAUCACAAAAAAGUUCAAAUGACGUGCAAUCCUAUAUUUCGUAUCCAGGCCAAUAUGAUGCCAACGAUCAUAUUUCAGAGCCUUUGGUUGUUAUCUCUGAUCCUCGAAAAGGGCAUUACCGCUUCUCGCGAUACAUUCCACGAACGCUGCUGAAUAUAUUUGGCCCAAUAUUCAUUCUGACAUUCUAUCUGUUCAUCGUCGAAUUCUACCUCAACAAACCAUCUGUCAAUGGUGUUAUGCCAAUUCGACCCAUAGAUUCACAAAUUGUUUUCUACGCGUGGUGGCUCAUCAACAUUUUUAUCCUCGACUGGGCAAAGUCAGGAAUCACCGGCUUCGAAGCUGCCGCUCUGAUGAACCCUUCCAUAGCUCCUAAGAGUGCUCGGCAGCUCAUGUGGCACACCGACCGCGCUUGGGGCUCAUUGACCGGUUGGGCAAAGGCCGUGAUCACAACAAGCCGCUACCUCUUCCAUAAGGCUACGCAAGGGGGACCAUCCGAAUGGACCGGUCCAUCUGCUCUAUGGUUUCACUUGGCACUCAGUAGCCUGCUUCUUUACAUCGCCAUCCCUUUGUCAGGUCUUUCUUUAGAGCAAGAAAGCGCAUUGAGAAAUGGGAGCAGACGCGUCGAGAUAACAGGAGUCAACCAGACUACAUUUGAUCUCAGGUCAGCAAACGCAUUAGCUGAGCAGAUUGCCGGGAGCUGGCGACGAGGCUGGACUACGACACCUGAUGGCGCUUCAAUCCUGUACGCCCCUGAUGGGACUCCAGAAGUGAGCGACACCUAUUUUGAGGACAGCAUUCAAGACCAAUGGUCAUAUAGAAGCGUUACAGGAGGCAAGUUUCUCUCAAACACGAGCCGCACAGACGGAUUGAUGGCUUUGGCAACUGGCUCUAGUCAAACACUGGGAGUGAGCUACAAGUAUGUCUUAGCAACCAACGACGACAUUGAAGGGAUACGUAGAGAUUAUUCAGAUUUGAUCGCCAAUUUAUCUAGCACCAACAAGCCUCCAUAUUCACGUGUUGCGGAGGUUGUGAUAUGGCAAGCGUAUGACACCAGCCAGGGGAACUUCAAGCCGGGAAACUUCCCUGAUCAGACAUUCAAUGAUCUCGCUACUCACCCGAUGGUAGUGAACGCAACCGCAUCUGACAACCUAACCUAUGCCGGCUUCGCCAUAAGUUGCUCGACAUUGUCAGAAGUCGGCCACGCUGCCCUCUCGGCCACGACCAACACCUUUUCCGACUUUGUCCCCCAGCCGUCCACUCCUGAUAGAGGCAUAAGGUUUCCGGGUCUCAUCGUGGCAUAUCCUGGCGUCACAACAAUGACAUCGCUCGCCUUUGCUGCGAUGGGCAAUAUUAAUAUGGGUUAUCUGCAAAAUUCGAGCUGUGAUGAGAAUUUCUCGACCGUUUGCAGCCCUUGGGCCGCUGCCAACGCAGCCACCCGUGGUGUUCCCAUCCUGAGCGAAACUACCAAGAAUUUUCAACUGCCUACCAUUUCGCCAGAAAGAAUGACCCUGGCCAUGUACAAGCUUCUUGGACAAUCAUGGGCACCGGGCCUGGAAACUGGACGUGUUGUGACUCAGGAGCCGACACAUCGCCAGAUUUGGGCAUCUUUGGACUCGAGUGCAGAGUGGAGGGACGCAGUUCACGAACUGGAUGGAAUUGACCUUGUUUCUCCUGAAAAUGCGCGCGUUCUGGACUAUGUGCCUGGCAUGAUUGGGGAUAUGAACCCAAGUGGCAAGGGAGCUGUAGGGUUCGUGGGGUUAAGUCGGCGGAAAUUGUCGACAUCACAAAACAAGGCUUAUACUUAUAACUGA